AUGGCACAACCUAAAGCUGACAUUGCUCUUAUUGGAUUGGCUGUUAUGGGACAAAAUUUGAUCUUAAAUAUGGAUUCAAAAGGAUUUGUUGUUUGUGCCUUUAAUAGAACAGUGGAGAAGGUAAACCAGUUUUUGGCAAAUGAAGCAAAAGGUACAAAUAUAAUUGGGGCAAAAUCUUUGGAAGACAUGGUUGCAAAAUUGAAAAAGCCAAGAAAAGUUAUGUUGUUAGUUAAAGCUGGAUCAGCUGUUGAUGAGUUUGUUAACAAAUUAAUACCUUUUCUUGAAAAGGGUGAUAUUAUUAUUGAUGGUGGAAACUCUCAAUACAUGGACACUCAAAGCUGGUGUAAGAAACUGGCCCCAACUGGCAUUUAUUACAUUGGCAUGGGAGUCAGCGGUGGUGAGGAUGGAGCUCGUUAUGGACCUUCUCUUAUGCCUGGAGGUCAUACUGCCGCUUGGCCGCAUAUUAAACCAAUUUUCCAGGCUAUCAGUGCCAAAGUGAAUAAUGAGCCAUGCUGUGACUGGGUGGGAGAAGAUGGAGCUGGGCAUUUUGUAAAGAUGGUACACAAUGGUAUUGAAUAUGGUGAUAUGCAGCUUAUCUGUGAAGCAUACCAUCUCAUGAGGGAUAUACUCGGAAUGGAACAGGAUGAAAUGGCGCAAGUAUUUGAUGAAUGGAACAAAGGAGAGCUUGAUUCAUUCCUCAUUGAAAUCACUCGUGAUAUUCUGAAGUUCAAAGAUACAGAUGGUAAAUAUUUGUUACCAAAGAUCCGUGAUGCAGCUGGUCAGAAAGGUACAGGCAAAUGGACUGGCAUCAGUGCCUUGGAAUAUGGAGUACCAGUCACGCUAAUUGGUGAAGCCGUAUUCGCAAGAUGCUUAUCAGCUCUUAAGGAGGAGCGUGUAACAGCUAAUAAGAGUCUACCAGGAUCCAACCUGAAGUUCACCGGCAAUAAGAAGGAAUUCUUAGAGCACUUGCGUAUGGCUCUCUUUGCAAGCAAAAUUAUUUCCUACGCUCAAGGUUUUAUGUUGCUCAGGGAAGCAGCUAAAGUGAACAAAUGGAAUUUGAACUAUGGAAGCAUCGCUCUAAUGUGGCGCGGAGGUUGCAUCAUUAGAAGUGUAUUCCUCGGGAAUAUCAAGGAAGCGUACACAAAGAACGGCCAGCUGUCCAACCUGCUGCUGGACCCGUACUUCAGGGAGCGCAUCGGCGCGUGCCAGCCGUCGUUACGGCAGGUGGUGGCGCAGGCGGCGCUGGCCGGCGUGCCCGCGCCCGCUUUCAGCGCGGCGCUCGCCUUCUACGACGGGUACCGCUCGGACAUGCUGCCGGCCAACCUGUUGCAAGCACAAAGAGACUACUUCGGCGCGCACACAUACGAGCUGUUGACAAAGCCCAAUGAAUUCAUCCACACCAACUGGACCGGUCACGGCGGGAACGUGUCCGCCUCCACAUACACUAAG